UAGCUAACUACGAGUAACUUUGCAAGUUUAGCUGCAAGAAGACCUAGGAUAUUAAAACUGUGAGAAUAAAAAAAAAAAAAAAAAUAAUAAUUUUCAAAAAUGUCGCCUUCAACGGUUAACGCCGAACUCACCGCAGAGUCCUCAACAUUUAUCUACAGUCCAUUAUCAAUAUUAUUGAUUGCCGUGCCAUUAAUAUUCGCAUUAUAUGAAUAUUGGCGUCGCAAUACUCGUUCAUAUAAAUUAAUGAGUAAAAUACCAACUCUGCCGGAAAUGCCAAUCAUCGGUCACGGUCACGUUGUUAUCGGGAAAAGCUCUCACGAGUUAACCGAGUACAUAAUUAAACAAUCUGAAAUAUAUGGAAAGACAUUACGAGUAAGUUUGGGUCAUAUAAAUGUCGUAUUGCUUAGCGAUCCCCGUGAUAUUGAAAUAUUAUUGAGUGGCAGUAAACAUUUGGAAAAAGCAUACGAAUAUCGUUACUUUAAGCCGUGGUUCGGCGAUGGCUUAUUGAUAUCAAAAGGUCAUCAUUGGCGUCAUCAUCGCAAAAUGAUUGCACCCACCUUUCAUCAAAGCAUACUAAAAAGUUUUGUUCCGACUUUCGUUCAACACUCGAAAGACGUAUGUGAUCGAUUCAAUAAUAAAAUUGGUAAAGAAUUCGAUGUCCAUGAGUAUAUGUCUGAGACGACAGUUAACAUAUUGUUAACCACUGCGAUGGGUAUUAAGCGAGCACCUGAUAUAGAGAAGAGCUCGGAAUAUGCUAAAGCUGUUAUGGAUAUGUGUGAUAUUAUACAUAAUCGACAAAUUCGAUUAUUGUACCGUUUGGACGCCUUAUACAAAUGGACUAAAAUGUUUGAAAAAAAUAAUAAAUUAAUGAACAUAAUAUUAAGUAUGACGCAAAAAGUUGUUGAAGAACGUAAAAGCAAUUUUAAUGCCAACGAAAGAGCAGUUAUUGAUAAAGUCGGUACCGUGUCGGGUAAGAAGACGAUAAAUGAAAAGAAGGAAGGUUUACGUGACGAUUUGGAUGAAAUUGACGAGAACGAUGUCGGCGAGAAGAAACGUUUGGCCUUAUUAGACGCAAUGAUGGAAAUGGAAAAAAAUCCGAAUAUUACGUGGACCGAUAAAGAUAUUAGGGAUGAAGUGAACACAAUUAUGUUUGAAGGACAUGAUACGACGGCUGCUGGUUCUAGUUUUGCCCUUUGCAUGCUCGGCAUCCAUCAAGAUAUACAACAGCGGGUAGUUGAGGAGCAGGAAGCGAUUUUCGGUCUUGAUAUGCAGCGUGAUUGUACAUUUGCCGACACGUUGCAAAUGAAUUAUUUAGAACGAGUUAUAAAUGAAACAUUGCGUUUAUAUCCGCCAGUUCCCAUAAUCGCGCGUAAAGUUGAGGAAGAUGUUAAUUUGGCAUCGGGACCUUAUACAAUAGCUAAAGAUACGACAGUUAUAAUAUCGCAAUUCACGGUACAUCAUCGAGCCGAUCUUUUCCCUGAUCCUGAAAAAUUCGAUCCGGAUAGAUUUUUACCCGAACGCACUGCGCAACGGCAUUAUUAUAGUUUUAUACCAUUCAGUGCUGGACCGCGCAGCUGCGUCGGUCGUAAGUUUGCCAUGUUGCAGUUGAAGGUCUUACUUUCAACUACUAUACGACGAUAUAAGAUAUUUUCAUCUCGCACUCAAAGCGACUUUCAACUGCAAGGCGAUAUCAUUUUGAAAUUGGCAAACGGUUUUAAAAUUUCCAUCGUACCUCGUACCAGUGUCUAAGAAAUGUAUUCAUUUUUUAAUUACUAACACUUAUGGUGAAAUGAUUUACUAACUGUGAA